CUUUAUUACCUCGCUGCUCCUCCACUACCCUCCUCACUCUCUCUCACUAAAUAUCUCAAGCGCUUCUUCGCCUUCCCUCCUUUUGCUCUCUCCGCUUCCGGCCUCUGCCUCUGGAGCCCUCUGUCUCUCCGCGCCUCGCACUGAGAAGAAACCCUACCGCCAUUUUGAAAUGGCGACGAAGAACGAUCCGCCGGCAGAUUCUCCGACUUCAGUACUCGAGGACGAGGAUGCAUGUGAGACAAAGAUCGACGUCAAGCUGACUGAGGUGGAGGAGAAAUUGCUUGAAGAGCGGGUUAAGGAAGAGGAGUCAGAAAUGGGAAAGGCACCAGAGCAGUUGCCCCACCUUAAUGACACUCAGUAUAACAAGUUGGAUGAGCUCCUUACGCAAACUCAGCUGUACUCGCAGUUUUUGCUUGAGAAAAUGGAUAACAUCACACUUGUUGGAGCCAAUCAACCGAGUGAAACUGUUGAGGAAAAGAAUGUUGAGGAAAAGAAAGGUCGUGGUAGGAAAAGAAAGGCAGCUGCCAAUUUUGAUAAUAGGAAGGCAAAGAAGGCAGUUGAAGCUAUGCUUACAAGAUCUAAAGAGGGUGUGAAAAUUGAAGAUGAGAACCUCACUGAAGAACAAAGAAUUGAAAAAGAACAAAAGGAACUUGUGCCUCUGCUGACUGGUGGAAAAUUGAAGUCUUAUCAAAUCAAAGGUGUAAAGUGGUUGAUCUCAUUAUGGCAAAAUGGUCUGAAUGGGAUCCUUGCAGAUCAAAUGGGACUUGGAAAAACUAUCCAAACCAUUGGUUUUCUUGCUCAUCUAAAAGGGAAUGGAAUGGAUGGGCCCUACUUAGUGAUUGCUCCUCUUUCUACUCUUGCGAAUUGGGUAAAUGAAAUUUCAAGGUUCACACCUUCAAUAAAUGCUAUUGUCUACCAUGGUGACAAGAAACAAAGGGAUGAGAUACGAAGGAAGCACAUGCCUAGUAAAAUUGGCCCUAAGUUCCCUAUAAUUGUUACUUCGUAUGAAAUUGCAAUGGCUGAUGCAAGAAGAUGUUUAAGACAUUACAGUUGGAAAUAUCUGGUGGUUGAUGAAGGUCACAGAUUGAAGAACUCAAAGUGCAUGCUGCUGCGGGAAUUGAAACAUUUACGUGUAGACAAUAAGAUUCUGUUGACCGGGACACCUCUACAGAAUAAUUUGGCAGAGCUUUGGUCAUUAUUAAACUUCAUUUUGCCUGAUAUAUUCUCAUCCCAUGAAGAAUUUGAGUCAUGGUUUGAUUUGGCAGGAAAGUGCAGUAAUGAGGCAAUGAAGGAAGAAUUGGAAGAGAAGAGAAGGGCUCAAAUGGUUGCAAAACUCCAUGCCAUCUUGCGUCCUUUUCUUCUUCGAAGAAUGAAGUCUGAUGUUGAGCACAUGCUUCCUAGGAAAAAGGAAAUCAUAUUAUAUGCAUGCAUGACAGAGCAUCAAAAACAUUUUCAAGAUCUUCUGAUCAAUAAGACAUUGGAGAAUUAUUUAGUUGAGAGGGGAGACCAUGUUCGCGGUAUGAAAGGAAAGCUUAACAAUCUGAUGGUCCAACUUCGGAAGAACUGCAAUCAUCCUGACCUUUUGGAGUCUGCGUUUGAUGGCUCAUAUUUCUACCCGCCUGUUGAACAGAUUGUUGAACAGUGUGGAAAAUUUAGUUUGCUGGACCGGCUGUUAAAGUACCUGUUUGCCCGCAAACACAAGGUUCUUAUCUUCUCUCAGUGGACUAAGAUUUUGGAUAUUAUGGACUACUAUUUUAGUGAGAAAGGAUUAGAAGUUUGUAGAAUUGACGGCAGUGUGAGGCUUGAAGAUCGGAGAAAUCAGAUUGCAGCGUUCAAUGACAUGGACAGCAAUUAUAGAAUCUUUCUUCUAAGCACCAGAGCUGGUGGACUGGGUAUCAACCUUACUGCAGCUGAUACUUGUAUACUGUACGACAGUGAUUGGAACCCUCAAAUGGAUUUGCAAGCCAUGGAUAGAUGUCACAGAAUUGGUCAAACGAAGCCUGUUCAUGUUUACAGGUUGGCAACAGCACAAUCUGUCGAGGGUCGGAUUCUGAAAAGAGCUUUUAGCAAGUUGAAGCUUGAACAUGUGGUGAUUGGGAAAGGGCAGUUCCAUCAAGAUAAAGCGAAGAGUAGUACUGAUUUCCUGGAGGAAGAGGAUCUUAUAGCAUUGCUCCGAGAGGAAGAAUCUGCUGAAGACAAGAUGAUACAGACGGUUAUCAGUGACGAAGAUUUGGAGAGGGUGUUGGAUCGCAGUGAUCUAAUGGGCAGUCCUGCUGAUCAUGAAGAAGAGAAGGCCAAUGGUGUUGCCGAUGUGCUUCCCCUCAAAGGCCCGGGUUGGGAGGUGGUGCUACCUACUGCAGGUGGAGGCAUGCUCUCCACCCUCACUAGUUAAAUUUUAACAGCAUUCGGAUGUUGAACUUGGUAGGGUUAGUCGGUUUAUUGAAGUCCGAUGACUUUGAAUGUUUUUGAGUUAAGGGUAAUGUGUAUCGAAAAGCUAACCCCCGAUGAACCGAAAUGGAAGGGCUCGAUCAUUUUGUAUAUGCUCGAAUCGAGCUCUAUCGUUGCAUUGGAAUAUCCGAGUUACGUUCCAAGACACUUGUUGAAGUGUAAUUUUAAUGAAAAACACAGCCUAUUUCAUGUUA